UGGGAUCUCUCCGGAGCGGAGUCCCAAAGUUUCCCUCCGAGCCGGGGGUCCCUUUUGUCUUUCUUGGCAGCUGCGGCGACGCCUUAGCUGCGACCCGCUCGCCCGGGGAGGGCAGGGGCGCGGGGAUCCCGCGUGUCGAAUGGCUGCGGCCGCGUCCCCCCGGAGCAUGUUCCGGGGCGCCCGCACCCCGGCCUGACUCAUCCUCCCCCGGUCGGUCAUCGCGCCGCGUCCGCCACUGGAGCCCCGCGGAGAUGGAGCGCGAGAGCGCGGCUGCCCGCGGCUGCCCAGAUUCCGCCUGACGCCCCCGACCCCGCCGCCUCCAUCGCUGGUCUCCGGAGGUGCCUGGCGUCGCGACAGCUCUCGUGAAGAGCAGAGAGGACACGGACCCCCGGGACCCCGCGCUUAGGACAGCAUGAAUUCUGGAGUUGACUGCCACUGAAUCCUUGAUAAGACUCUUCUAAGAACUUUGAGUGCCCUGGAAAAGGGAAGCAGCUAUAAGCUAUAUAAAGGGCACAAGACGGAGUCAUGAUAGCCACUGGAGGGGUGAUUACAGGCCUGGCUGCCCUGAAGAGGCAGGACUCUGCCAGGUCGCAGCACCAUGUCAAUCUCAGCCCCUCACCAGCUGCCCAGGACCAGAAACCAGUCCGGAGGCGCCCAAGGGCUGAUGUUGUGGUAGUUCGUGGGAAAAUCAGGCUUUAUUCCCCAUCUGGCUUUUUCCUCAUUCUGGGAGUGCUCGUAUCUAUCAUAGGGAUUGCAAUGGCUAUCCUGGGAUACUGGCCACAGAAGGAACAUUUCAUCAAUGCAGAGACAACACUGUCCACCAAUGAGACACAGGUGGUUCGAAACCAAGGUGGUGUGGUGGUGCGCUUCUUUGAACAGCAUCUGCAUUCUGAUAAGAUGAAGAUGCUUGGCCCCUUCACCAUGGGAAUUGGCAUUUUUAUUUUCAUCUGUGCUAAUGCCAUCCUUCAUGAGAACCGGGACAAAGAGACCAAAAUCAUCCACAUGCGAGACAUUUACUCCACGGUCAUUGACAUCCACAGCCUGAGGCUCAAGGAGCAGAAGCAUGUGAAUGGUGUGUACUCAGGCUUGAUGGGUGAUGAGGUAAAACAGAAUGGCAGCCCCUGCACCUCCAGACUGGCUGCCACUACCGUGGCUUCCUUCUCAGGAUUUCGGAGCAGCUUUCGGGUGGACAGCUCAGUGGAGGAGGAUGAGCAGAUGCUAAGUGAAAGUAAGAGCCUGGGGCACCUUAUGCCCCCUUUGCUGUCCGACAGUUCUGUGUCUGUCUUUGGCCUCUAUCCACCUCCAUCCAAGACCACCAAUGACAAAACCAGCACCUCCAAGAAAUGUGACACCAAGUCCAUUGUGUCAUCAUCCAUCAGCGCUUUUACACUGCCUGUGAUCAAACUUAAUAACUGUGUCAUUGAUGAACCCAGUAUAGACAGCAUCACUGAAGACACAGACAACCUUAAAAGUAGGUCCAGGAAUCUCUCAAUGGAUUCCCUUGUGGUCCCCCUGCCCAGCACUGGUGAGUCCUUCCAGCCAGCAAGCACAUUGCUCCCAAGGAAUAAUUCCAUUGGGGAGGCCCUGUCCAGUCAGUACAAGUCCUCUGUGGCCCUUGGACCUGGGACUGGACAGCUCUUGUCUCCUGGGGCUGCUAGAAGACAGUUUGGAUCCAACACAUCCUUGCAUUUGCUCUCCUCACACUCCAAAUCCUUGGACUUAGACCGGGGUCCCUCCACGCUCACUGUGCAGGCAGAACAACGGAAGCAUCCAAGUUGGCCUCGUUUAGAUCGGAGCAACAGCAAAGGAUAUAUGAAAUUGGAGAACAAAGAGGACCCGAUGGAUCGGUUGCUGGUUCCCCAAACAGCAAUCAAAAAAGACUUUACCAAUAAGGAGAAGCUUCUUAUGAUAUCAAGAUCGCAUAAUAACUUGAGUUUUGAACAUGAUGAGUUUUUGAGUAACAACCUAAAGCGAGGAACUUCUGAAACAAGGUUUUAGUGUUUAAAAGAUAUAUCAUUUUCCAAGGGUAUAUAUAUUUUAAAAGCGUUUCACCCGUGUUUCCUUCCUAAAGCAUUGGUUGUAAGCUUUAAAACAAAAAGACAAAAACAACAACAACAAAAAACAAAUGGUUUGCAGUCUAUUAGAAUUGGCUGGUUGAUUCUGUAAUGGAUUUGGCUGUAUGGGGGGUUACUGACCCUACAGUACUCUAGAUUAUGGAGAAUUUUGUUUUCUCACUCUGCGGAAGCAUGGUUUCUUUUGUUGAUGUGAAUACAAAAUACUUGCAUUCAGAUUAAAACUUGCUUUAUUUUAAAUUCAAUCACUGAUUGUCAUCUUCAUAGAAUGAAGUGGCCAGUAUGUAAAACAUACGGUACCAAAGUGUGGGCAAGAAGUGGUAAGUUCAGGCCCAAUUGAUUUUAUAUAUAUGAAUGAAUGUGAGUACGAAUCUUAGGAUGUGGUUUUCUGAGUAGUUGUUUUAUAUAGGAUUGCUUAUAUUACUUCAAAGGAGAAAGAUCUAGUUUCUGUGUGAUACAGCUUGGUUACAUUGGUUGUAAAUCUUACCCUCAGCUUUGUGGGCCAUACUUUUUUAACAUCAGUUCUGUUCUUUAAUGAAGAAACCAUGGCUAAGAAAGCCAAAAAUGCUUUAAGGAUAAAUAUCAAAAAGAUAUUAACUGAAAUUUUAGGUAUUCAGAAUCAAAAUUUCUUUGCAAACUGACUUGAAAAAUGAGUGAACCAAUGUAGUUUGUAGACAUGCUAUGUAACUUGAAAUAGUGAUACACAAGGAGAAAAUGUUAACAAUGAAUGAAGGUACUUUAUUUGCUAACUAAUAAUAGCUACUCUCUAUACCUUUUCCAGCCAUCUGCUAAUAUCAAUACCCACUCAACCCCAUAUCUUUAUUUUCACCCAGUAUUUUUAUUAUUUGGAAAAUAAUCAGCUCACCUUGACAUUUCUUCCUAUCUUCACAUACCACUAGCUUGGUGGUUUAAGGAAAUUUAGUCCUUGAUAAAAAUGCCUUGUCAUUUACCUAGUACUGGAAAGCCUUAUGCUAACUCCAAAGACUUUGUCCAAGUUUAAUAAAAAUUUAGGGUUGUGGUUCUCAAAGAUAUUAAAUUAUCAAAGAUACUAAAUACUAAAAGGAUGUUUCCAUGAGAAAUUUUUCAUGUUUUCCAUGAAGGUAACACAGUUUUAAGAAUUAUUUGUUGGGCGGGGGGAGGGGGGGGUUGCUGGAAAGAUGACUCAGCAGUUGAGGGCAUUGGCUACUUUUGCAGGUAACUCUGGUUCAAUUCCC